UAUAGAUCCAAGAUCCCAUGCAGGUCCUACCGUCGCUGCCCCAUGGCGGGCCGCAGGAAGAGCGCUCGAGGCGACUCCUGCAGCGCGACCAGCCCUUCGACCGACCGCUGCCACCGCUGCCGAAGGAACGCGAAUUCGUCGUCCCCAUGGACGUUCGGGCGCAAGAAGAGGUCUACCAGGAGAAGCUCGCUGCGCAGACGGACGAGCUCGCGUUCCUGAAAAAGUACGUCGAGCGCAUCCUCAACCAGCUCCGGCGCGUCCUCGUCAAGCACAACGAGCUCGAGCAGCUGCAACAGCUCUGCGACCCGAUCGCACUGCAGGCCGACGACGACGGCAGCGCGCCGCUCCCGAGCCCGCCAUGGUUCACGUCCAAGGAGUACAUGAGCCCGCUCUUUGCAGCGUACGAGAGCCGUAUCAAGGAGCUCGAAGCCACUGUCGACAAGCACAAGCGGGAUCUCGAUGCGUUUGUGGGCCACGCCGACGCGCUCGCUCGGGACAACGAGCGGCUCCAGCAUGAGCUCAGCGUGACGAUGGACAAACUCGUGCUGCAGUCGGACGUCCCUGUCGCGAUGCGCUCGGGCGUCGACUUUUUCACCGACCAGCGCAAGCCCGACGUGAACAUCAACGACCAGCUCGCCGACUUGAACGAGCGCAUCGAGCUGCUCAUGUCGGAGAACAGCUUGCUCGUGGAGCAGGCGUCGCUCCAAGAGACCGAGCUCGACGACUUUCGGCGCGACGUGGCCGAGCGCGAUACACAGCUGCUCACGAUGAGCCAGAAUUUCAACCAAGCGACGCUCGCGAUCCAAGAGCUCCGCGAUACGACCGACCACAUGAAGCACGACAAGCAGCGCGCCGAAGCCCAAGUGCAGCAGUUUGCCGCGACAAUAGCCCAGCUCGAGGCGCAGAAAGAGACCAUUUUGGCCCACGUGCAAAGCCACAAGGACGCCGUCGUCAAGUACGAGCUCCAAGUGCAAGAGUACGAGCACCGAUUGACCCAGAUCAAAGCUGCGAACGAGCAAAAGCAAAGCACGGUGACCAAGCGCUACCAAGGCGUGUGCGAACGACUCCGUGAACUCACGUCGGCGCUCGACGGGAAGGACAAGCAGCUCGAGCAGCUCCAGGAGAUCUACAAUGCGACGAGCCACGAGCUCGAGAUGGUCAAAAGCGAUUGCGAAGGGAUGCUCAAGGUGAUGCAGUCGAUGGAGAAGCAGCUCGGCGAGUACGCGUCGCGCGAAGACGCUGUGACAGAGCUCGAGCGUGCAAGUCAAGAGCGGGCCCAAGCCGUGAUCCUCGAGCGCGAUCAAGCCAAAGCCAAAGAGACGCAGUGUCGACGGGAGAUUGCUCGGCUCACGGAACAAAAGCGCGUCGCUACGGCCGAGUACCUCAAACUUCAAGACGAGAGCGUCGAGAAGCUCCGGCGCAAGUCGGAUCUUUACGAUACCGCCCGUAUACUGAAGAUCCGUAGGCUCGAGAACGAGCUGGCCUAUCGCAGCGACGAGCUCAAGCACGCUCAGACCACGAUCGUGACGCUCAAGAUGCAGCUCGAAAACGCGAUGCGACUGCAUGUCGACGCGGAGCGAAGCCUUCGCGACCUCACGACGCAGAGUGAGGCCCGCGUGGCCGUGUUCCAGGACAAGUUUGAACACAUGGUUGCCCGGGUCGCGUCGUCCGAGCUCGUUAGAGACGAGGCGCUCGCCAAAGAAACGCAAAUCGCUGCAACGCUGACGGCCAAGGAGCUCCAGUUUGAACGCGUCCUCGCCGAGGUGCAGGAGAAGUGGCAGAUCGAGAAGGACCAAAGAGGAGGCUUGGAGCGCGAACUGGAAGUGCGCCGCGCCGAGGUGCGCGAGGCCCACGAGGCGCUCGCUGCCAAGGAGCGACACGUCGCGGCGAUGACCAAGGAGCUGCACGACGUCCGGAGCGACGUGUCGGCCAAGCAAAAGUACCAAAUCGACAUGUAUGUGCAGCAAAUUCGCGAACUCAAGGCGCGCCUCGACCAAGUUGAGACCGAGCUCGUGCGGGCAAAGAACGAGACCACCAAGAUGGAGCACAUGCUCCGCAUGGACCAUCAGCGCAUGGAAGGCCGCUUCAAGAGCGAGAUGGAUGUGUCGGCGAGCCGGCUCAGCCGCCUCAAGGACGAGAAGGCCCGGGUCGAGUCCCAGCUCCAGGAGAUCCAGGCGCGCCACGCCUCGUAUGGCUCCAAGCUCAUUGCGCUCGAGCAAGAGCUGGCCGAAGCGCACCACCAAUGCUCGCAAAUGCAAAUGCACGUCGAAGAGGCCGAGCGCAAAGCAUCGGACGUCGGCGCCCAACUCGCAAUGCUGCUUGCGACGCAGCACCAGCACAUGCGGCACGACGUCGAACUCAAGUCGGCGCUGGACCGCACGCGGCUCGAGAAGGCGCGGCUCGAACGCGAGCUUUCCGUGCUGCGCAAGACACCGUCGUCCGACAUGAGCAGCAUGCAAAAAGCGCUCGCAAUCGAGUCCCGAGCGAGUUGA